UGUUGUCCAACUGGAGCUGCUGUAAGUGAACGUAACGUGACUCCUCUAUUUGUCUCUGCAGCCCAGCCCCAAAUUAUGGGCCUGCGACUACUUCAACACAAAUAUCUCCUCUGGAAGUUCAACUGUAUCAGUGUCCCGGCUGAGGACUGUCACAUUUAACACCGUGAGGGCCGAGGUAAAGACGGAGUUUGUGGAAAGCUGUUUGAGGAAAACGUCGCGUCCCUUUCGGCAUGCCUCUCCACAGCAUUUGGCCCUUGUGUAGGAUGUUUUGUCGGGAGUGAGGAAAAGUCAGCACGAUGGGCAACGAGGACAGCCUUGAGGAUGUGUUUGUGGCUGUCAUUCGCCCAAAGAGUCAAGUCAGCCUGAGCUCAAAAGAGUACAGAGCCAAAGCCUAUGAGAUCCUGUUGAGUGAAGUGCCUUUAGAAGGGAAGGAGAAGAAAAGAAAGAAAGUCCUCCUGGCGACAAAGAUCCAUGCAGGAGGAGACAAAUCCAAAUCCAUUUUGGAUUAUGUUGAUGAAACAAUCAGACCAAUAUCCAAUAACCAAGGCUUCAUAGGAAAACGUGUGGUGCACAUGAAGAAAUUCCCCCUGGAUGGAGACAAUGAAGGGAGAGAGGCCUCGCUUUUUGUUGUGCCAGUCAGUGUUAAAGACAACAGCAAGCCUGUGUAUAGUGCCGGGAGCCCGAGCUUCUACUGCUUCCAAGACAUCAUGCGGGUGUGCAGUGAGACCAGCACCCACUUCUGCCCCAGCACCUCCAAGAUGCUCCUGGCCUUAGACAAAUGGUUAGCGGAGCAGCACACUGUGCCUCACGCCAUCCCUGCUCUGUUCCGGCCAGCACCCAUGGAGCGGGUGAAGACUAACGUGAGCAACCCGGCCUACAGCAGCGAAGGCAAACUGAGUGAUGAAGGUCUGCACAUGGGCUACACUGCCCUGGAGAUCAAGAGCAAGAUGAUGUCCCUGGAAAAGGCGGACAUGUGCAUCCUUAAUCCGCUCUAUGGCUCUGAUCUGCAGUACACCAACCGGGUGGACAAAGUUAUCAUCAACCCAUACUUUGGGCUUGGAGCGCCGGACUAUUCCAAGAUCCAGAUCCCGAAGAGGGAGAAGUGGCAGCACAGUCCCAACUGUGUGACAGAAGACAAGGAGCGUCAGUGGGUGGAUGACUUCCCCCUCCACCGCAGUGCCUGUGAAGGAGACACAGAGCUGCUCUCCAAGCUUCUGGACAGCGGCUUCUCAGUCAAGCAGCUGGACAGCGACCACUGGGCUCCCAUUCACUACGCCUGCUGGCACGGUAAAGUGGAGGCGACCAAGCUGUUGCUGGAGAAAGGUAACUGUAAUCCAAACUUGCUCAACGGCCAGCUCAGCUCCCCUCUGCACUUUGCAGCCAGAGGAGGCCACGUAGAGAUAGUGCAGCUCCUGCUGCAGCAUCCUGAGAUUGACCGGCACAUAGAGGACCAGCAGAAGAGAUCGCCUCUGCAAGUGUGUGAGGAGAACAAACAGAAUGAAUGGGAGGAGACGGUGAAGCUUCUGCAGCAAGCCAACAGCAAACCUUAUGAGAAGGUGCGAAUCUACCGCAUGGAUGGCUCGUAUCGCUCUGUGGAGCUGAAACAUGGCAACAAUACGACAGUACAGCAGAUCAUGGAGGGAAUGCGUCUUUCUCAGGAGACCCAGCAGUACUUUACCAUCUGGAUCUGCUCCGAGAACCUCCACCUGCAGCUGAAGCCGUACCACAAGCCCCUGCAGCACCUGCGGAUCUGGACAGAGAUUGUGACGGACCUGACGGUGCUGGAUCCUCAGAGGGAGACACCUCAGCUCUUCCUACGCAGGGAUGUUCGGUUGCCUCUAGAUGUUGAGAAAAAGGUGGAGGAUCCGCUGGCCAUCCUCAUCCUGUUUGAUGAGGCGCGUCACUGCCUCCUGAAGGGCUUCUUUCCUGCUCCUGACACCAAGCUGAUCACACUGGCCAGCCUACUCCUGCAGAUCAUCUACGGCAACUAUGAGAGCAAGAAGCACAAGCAAGGGUUCCUCAAUGAGGAAAACUUGAAGUCAAUUGUGCCGAUAUCUAAGGUGAAAAGCAAAGCUUACCACUGGACCAACAGGAUUCUUCACGAAUACAAAGCCUUGAGCACCAGUGAGGGGGUGAGCAAAGAGAUGCACCACCUGCAGCGACUCUUCUUGCAGAACUGCUGGGACAUCCCGACAUAUGGCGCAGCCUUCUUCACGGGUCAGGUCUACACGAAGGCCAGCGCCAGCAACCACAAAGUCAUCCGCGUCUACGUCGGGGUCAACACAAAGGGUCUGCACCUCAUGAAUAUGGAGACAAAGGUCCUUCUCAUCAGUUUAGAGUAUGGCACAUUCAUGUGGCAGCUUGGACACGCUGACCAGUACUUCCAGAUACACAGUGGUGAAAACAAAAUGAACUUCAUUGUCCACACAAAACAGGCUGGCCUUAUUGUGAAGCUUUUAAUGAAGCUGAGUGGACAGAUAACCCCAAAUGAUAAAGGUGCAUCAGACAAAUAUGCCUAUGGCUGAAAAACUGAUGAAGACAACACAGCUGCCAAAGAUCUCAGCGCAGGUUCUUCUUACUGACUCUCAUCUGACUGCAGUAACUCUGGACGGAGGGCAAAGCCGCUGGUCUCUCCAAAAAGGCCUAAUUUUGUAUAUUAGUCUUACAGAAGUAUUUCAAAACUUCACAUUUUGUGUGUUUUUGAUGAGUCCUAUAUUUUCAUUGCAUGUAAAUAUGUUUAUUUAA